AUGCAUGGUGCGCCUGCAGAACGGGCUUUACCCUCCACCACCAUGCGCCCCUUUUCCCAGAUGACCAGGUCGGCUGGUGGAUUGGAGGAUUUGACCGAGGUCAGGCUACACACCCUCGCCAGUUUUUGCAUCCCCGGAGGCCUCUCUCAUUGGACGAUGCAACACACAGAGCUGGCUGAACGGGAGGCGCCGCGGCAGACCGAUCUCCGACACAGGGAAACAGGGAACCUCAUCUUUCCGUGA